CCCAAUUUCCGAGCUCUAUUAUCAGCCGUAUAUAUAUUACUAUAAAAAUAUAUAUAUUUGUGUUAUUUUUCGUAAAGUGUUGAAGUGUGUGUUUUGGGGCGGGGAAAUGCACUUAAAAUGGAUCCAGAGAAUGAUGUUUAUGCCUUCUAUGAUAUAAGAGGCUUCAAGCGGAAAUGUAGACCGGCGGGACCAAAUAAAUCGCAAAAAUUUCUGCAACCGCGAAUGUCACUCCUAGGGAAGCCGCUGAACUACAAUCGCGGCACACAUCGCCGCGAUGCGCGCUACCGGCGGAUGCAAAGUCGCCUCUACAAUUUUCUGGAGAGACCGCGCGGCCUGCAUGCCAUAUUCUAUCAUGUGAUGGUAUUUCUGAUGGUGUUUACAUGUCUCGCAUUGAGCGUGUUUUCCACCAUCAAGGAAUAUGAGGAGGAUGCUGUAUAUAUAUUAUUUCGCAUGGAGAUCAUAGUUGUCAUCUGGUUUACCAUGGAGUUUGGAGCGCGCCUUUGGUCGUCCGGCUGCCGAUCGCGCUAUCAGGGCACGCUGGGACGCCUUAAGUUUAUAAAGCAACCAUUUUGUAUUAUAGAUAUUAUCACCAUUUUAGCCUCAAUUGUAGUAUUAGGCAUGGGCACCUCUGGCCAGGUGUUUGCGACGAGCGCCUUGCGUGGUUUACGAUUCUUUCAGAUACUGCGCAUGGUGCGCAUGGAUCGACGCGGUGGCACCUGGAAGCUGCUCGGUUCAGUUGUAUACGCACAUAGACAGGAGCUCAUCACAACCAUGUAUAUUGGAUUUUUAGGUCUUAUUUUUGCAUCAUUCCUAGUUUAUAUGUGGGAGAAGGACGUCAAUGAAAAGUUUAGCAAUUUCGCCCAGGCGCUGUGGUGGGGCGUGAUAACGUUGUGCACCGUCGGCUAUGGCGAUAUGGUGCCCAUCACCUGGCAGGGCAAAUUGAUUGCCUCGUGCUGUGCCCUAUUGGGCAUCUCGUUCUUUGCGCUACCUGCGGGCAUUUUGGGUAGCGGCUUUGCGUUGAAGGUGCAGCAGCAGCAGCGCCAGAAGCACAUGAUACGGCGUCGCCAGCCGGCGGCGACGCUCAUUCAAGCCGUUUGGCGCUGCUAUGCGGCCGAUGAGCAUUCCGUAUCCGUGGCCACCUGGAAGAUACAUCAGGUGGCGCUGCCAAGUCCGCCCGCAUCUUCUGAAAACUGGGAGCGAUUAUUAAAAAACAUAACCGAAUAUAGACGGGCCUCAUCCAGCUUUAAGCACAAUACAUCCUUUGUCGCCCGCUUGCCGACAAUAAGGCGCCACAAGAGCCAAACCAUACAGGCACCCGGUCCGGAUGGUUCCAGUCUGUCCAAGCCGCCCGGCUCCUCGCGUGCCUCUACCAGGUACACGCGCACCAUACGCGAUAUCAACGCAUCUGUGGAGAAUCUCGCAAGCAACCAAAACCUAACGCACAAGUCAAUCUCUCUGAUUCAUAAAUUGCCCCCAGAUGAGGAUGAGGAGCCGCGCUGCACGCAGCUAACAAAUCGGCACAAGAUCGCCAUACGAUUCAUACGCAAGCUCAAGUAUUUUGUGGCGCGGCGCAAGUUUAAGGAGGCCUUGAAACCGUACGACGUCAAGGACGUUAUGGAACAGUAUGCGGCGGGACACGUGGAUCUAUUGGGUCGCGUCAAAAUGCUGCAUUUGCGUCUGGAUCAGAUCCUAGGCAAACAAGGCUCCAAGGCCAAGGAUGUCUAUGCUUCAAAAAUCAGCUUAGCCUCGCGUGUGGUUAAAGUCGAGCGACAGGUCGUGGACAUUGAGGAGAAACUCGAUAUAUUGAUCAAGGCCUAUAUGGAGGAUCGUGAUAGAUUCUUAGCGCUUCCGUUGCCAGCCAAUCCCAAACCCAAAAUACAUUCCAUUAGCCCUAGUCACAGUCACAGCUUGUCACAUCACACACACAAUCAGAACAUGAUCGAUGUAUGGAAGCGAACGGCAACGCUGAGCGUACAUCCCGAGCUGGUGACGACGCCGACUGGCAGCUCGGAUGCCUCCGCUCUCGAUCAUCUCGAUGGCAAUGAGACGGCGCUCACCUCCACACAGACGCUGACAACCACUACAGAUGCAAUUGCCACACAAACACCCAUGCCGCAUACACAGCAUACAGCGACCAAUACAAAGUCUUCCGUGCUUAACUCAUAUCAGCUACCGCCUGAGCAGCAACAGCACAAUGAUGUAUUUAUGACUGAUUUAGAGAAUAGAACUAAAAAACGCGUUACUUUAAGCCUGCAUAGAUCCACAUCGGAGCCAUAUAGCAAACACGAGCAGCGCAUCAAUAUGCCAGAUGAGGGCGCACAAUCUUUGGAUUCCAGUGCGAAGCCAACGCCGCCAGAUAGUUCAAUUAUACUCAUUGAUGAGUAUGAGGACUUCGAGGAGGAGGAUCUAAAUUGUGAGGGCGAAAUGGAGCAUUUUCCAUCGUGGGAAAUCGAUAGCGACAUCGGCGCCGAUGUCGAUGUCGAUGCGGAUGGUGACUGUGAUGAGUCCACUGAGGACACGGCGCUCCUACAGUGCGCCACGCGCACCGCCAUUGUUAUAACACCCAUUAGCCCAGUAAGCUCAGCACUUAAUCUACAAAGUUUAAAUGACCAAACUACAACGCUUAAUAAAUCAAAUUUGCUUCCGCCAGAUUCUGGCUAGUUAAAAAUGCAAUUGAAAUUAGUCGAUAUGUAAUAUCUAUAUAUAUAUAUAAACCCUAUAUAUAUAUAUAAUAAAUGCUUAUUGUUAAGAUCGUCUGCUGCUCCAAAGGGCAGCGGCGCUGUACCAACUUCUAGAGUAUCAUAAAUGGAAUCAAAAGAAAAACAAAAAACAAAAACAAAAAAAAAAAAACAUUUACAUUCA